AUAUUUACUGAAUGCUUGAAUGAGUAUUCCUCACCGGUAGAACCAGAGAACGCUAAUAGAAGGAAUGUCCCGUUACCGUGUAGCUUCUGUACACAAGCUCCUCAGAAAUAUCGUGGGCAUCAACACCACCAACAUUACUUCCCUCGCUAGAGUACCUGCUGUACAUGGCCUCGUCCGUCACGGUUUUCUUCAGCCAUGGUCAUUUUCACCUCUUCGAUUUUGUUGUGGCAAUCAUAUCCCAAAUAUCAACCCUGUUGCCCUACAGAUGAUUGAUUACGCUCUUGGCCUUGUCCGCUCCAACAAAACUGAUGAAUCGUAUGCGGAAGCUUUACUGGUUCUGGAGCAGGGUCUAUAUUCUCAAUCACAACAAGGAACAGAUGCUGCUACUAUAGAGACUACAAAGGGGAUUGUUUUACUUGCUAUUUCUAGUCUAUUAUCUGAAAGGGGGAAUACUGAUGAAGCUAUGCGACCCUUGCUGAUGAUACAAGAUUUAACUAGCUCUUCUCUUGGUGUAAGAGUUGCUGCAAUGGAAGCACUUGUUGGCCUCAAUCUAGAACUUGGUUUGGAUGAUACCUCGUCAGUGCUAGCAGAUAAAUGUUUGAAACUAUUGGAGCAUGAAGGCUUGGAGACUGGUGAUGAGUGUGGUUACAAAGUAUUUAGUGCUCGUUCUAAAGCAAUUAAAGGCUUGGUUGAGCUAGUUCACGGUGAUAUUGAAUCAGCCAAGGUCUUCUUUGAAGGAUGUCAAGAUGAGAACUGUAUUGGUAAUGCAUCUCUAUCAUACGGAGAAUUCUUGCAUGCUAAGCGGGACUUCAACGCAGCAAAGGAGUUGUAUCAGAAGGCGAUUGCUGAAUCAUCUGAGAAGAAGGAUUUCAGUGAUCCAUAUGACUUUGGGGCAUGCAAUAUGUCACUACAAGAUGUUCUUUUGGCAGCUACAUGUGCUUUGGGUCAGCUUGAAUCACAUUUGGGGAAUUUUAGUGAUGCAGAGGAGUUAAUGAGCAAGGCAUUGAAGAAAGCAGAAGAACAUUUUGGCACACACCAUCCUAAAGUGGGAACUGUCUUAACUUGCAUAGCUCUCAUGUAUCAACAGAAAUCAACUGCAGAACGCUCAAGUUCUCUUUUAAUACAAGAGGGACUCUAUAGGAAGGCGAUAGGUCUACUCAAGGCUCCUGCAUUAGAGACAGAUGAUGCAGAAGCAAAUUUGGAGCAUGUACGAGAAGAUGUCGAUAAAAGGGAUAUAGUAGCCCUUGCCAGAGGAGGGUAUGGUGAUGUACUUUGUGUUCAGCAAAAAAGAAAUGUUGAAGGAGAAAGAAUGAAGAAAUGGGCAGAAGUUUGGUGGAGAAAUCGUCGGCUAUCACUGGCUGAAGCACUUGAUAUGUCUGAGUCUUCUUCAAAAGUCAUGGUAGUUGAUACUCGGAUAUGCAGAGCUCUCUAGGUCCUGACAUUUUCUUCUGUAGUGUAUGAUCUAUGAGUCUCCUGAUACUGUACAAAAUAAAUCAAGCAACUAAAUUGCUUUGCUGCCUGAUUGUACCAUUCUGUUAUAAGGGUACAUGAGAACUUGUGUUUUGUAUAAUCCCUCUCCAAAAGUAGAUGAAAUUUAGGGUGUAGUAAACAUUGGAGAAAAUCCCUGAUGGUCUGUUGAAGAUUAUGUAGUGUCUGAAGUCUGUUAACUAUAGAAAUGAAAUAUUGACAUCUAAUUUCAA